ACGAAGAAUGAACAUCUUGAAAUCACAGAUAUUUCAUACUUUCUAAUUUGUGAUCUUAUUGGCGAUAUCAUAGAUAUUUUUGAAAUAAAUCGUAAAGAAUGCACCAAAUAUCUAAAAGAUAUUGCAUAUAGCUUUGCACCUGGUACAUUUAUUAAUAAAGAUACUACUCACACAAAAAAUUCAGAAGAUAGCACUGAAAUUAAAAUAGGGACAGAAGAUACUGCUCAAAAAAUUUUGGAAAAUGACACAACUGCUAAUGUUUCUAAUUUAAACAAAAAUAUAAAGUGCUUCCAACUAGAACAAAUGAUUGUUGAGAAUAUAUUUUCUGAAAUUUUUAGGUUACCACAACCAAAGCGUCUUGAUAUCAUGGAUGUUGAAUGUUGUUAUAGAUUUUGGAAUUGGUUUGCACAUCAUUUGAGUAAUUUUGGGUUCUUAUGGAAUUGGAAAGAUUGGGAAAAUAAUUUAAUGUUAGACCCAUUACAUCCAAAAGUAUGUUUUAUGCGUGAAACAUUAGAAAAAACAAUAAGAUAUAGUUAUUAUGAAAGAAUAAGUUCUACUAUUCCAGAAGAACUUAUGGUGAUAUUUCCAAAAUCAGAACCAUCAACAAAUUUUCGUUACGAGAAUCCUGAGGAUCCUUUACAUACUGCAGCUACAAAUUUAAUAAGUAAACUCCGAACAAAAUCUUCUAAUAGUGAGGUUUUAAAUUUUUUAGAGGAAUUGCAUAAAGAUUUUCCAUCAUUAGAAUUAGAUCAAGAUACCAAAAUACGUGAUUUAUUCAUACAAUGUGUUUUGAUGUUGGGAAGUAAAAGUUUUAGCCAUGUUUUAAAUGUUAUUGAAAGGUACUUGACAAUUUUACAAUCAUUGAAUGAAACUUUUGAAGCAAAAUUGCACACUGUUAAAAUAGUUGCAGAUUUCUGGGCUAAUAAUACACAAUUUUUAGGGAUAUUACUUGAUAAACUGUUAAAUUAUCGAGUAAUUGAUGCCAUCUCCAUAAUAUCCUGGUUGUUUGCAGAUGAGAUGGAAAAAGACAUUGCCAGGCAAGUUGAAUAA